AAAAAAACACUUUUCUACCAUUUUUGACAGCUCGAGUCUCUAUUGCCUGUAAAAUAUUACGUAAAACAGCGAGUAAAAUUUUAUAUUAAGUGGUGCAAGGAUCAAUACAAAAUGCUGAAAGUAGCAACUACUUUGAAAUUAGUCUCAAAACAGGGCAAUCAGGUAAGAUGCUUAGCGACGGCCGUCGGAUACAAGCAGGCGCUGGUCAACGUACCACCGACAAGGCUGACAGUCCUCGAUAAUGGUAUCCGCGUUGCCUCCGAAGACUCCGGCGCCGCCACAGCCACAGUCGGCCUCUGGAUCGACGCUGGCUCGAGGUACGAAACCGCCAAGAACAAUGGUGUUGCGCAUUUCCUCGAACACAUGGCUUUCAAAGGCACGAGUAAAAGGUCCCAAACCGAUCUAGAACUUCUCGUCGAAAACAUGGGAGCCCAUCUUAACGCGUACACAUCCCGGGAGCAGACCGUCUUCUACGCCAAGUGCCUCGCCAACGACGUCCCAGCCGCCGUCGAAAUCCUUGCAGACAUUAUCCAGAACUCGUCACUCGCUGAACCCGAAAUCGAACGAGAACGAGGUGUGAUCCUCCGCGAAAUGCAGGACGUCGAGAGCAACCUUCAAGAGGUUGUGUUUGACCACCUGCACGCGACCGCUUUCCAAGGCACCCCACUAGGCCAGACCAUCCUUGGACCCACCAAGAACAUUAAGAAAAUCUCCAAAGCUGACCUUCAGACCUACAUCAAGACUCACUACCAGCCCGCCCGCAUUGUGCUGUCUGGUGCCGGUGGUGUUGAACACCAGAAGCUUGUAGACCUGGCUAACAAGCACUUCAGCAGUCUCAAGAACACUGCCAUGGACAUCCCCGACCUUGCGCCGUGCCGUUACACUGGCUCUGAAAUCCGUGUCCGUGAUGACUCCAUGCCUCUGGCGCACAUCGCCAUCGCCGUUGAAGGUGCCGGCUGGACUGACGCUGACAACAUUCCCCUGAUGGUAGCCAACACUCUAGUCGGUGCCUGGGACCGCUCUCAGGGUGGUGGCGGCAACAACGCUUCCUACCUCGCCCGCGCCUCGGCCAUUGAGAACCUCUGCCACAGCUUCCAGUCGUUCAACACCUGCUACAAGGAUACCGGACUCUGGGGAAUCUACUUUGUGUCAGAGCCUUUGCAGAUUGAAGACAUGGUUUACAACAUUCAGAAGGAAUGGAUGAAGCUUUGUACGUCAGUCACUGAGGGUGAGGUUGAGCGCGCAAAGAACCUAUUGAAGACCAACAUGCUCCUGCAGCUCGAUGGCACCACACCCAUCUGCGAAGACAUCGGUCGCCAAAUGCUGUGCUACAACCGCCGUAUCCCAAUUCAUGAGCUUGAUGCUCGCAUCAGCAGUGUCACUGCCCAGAAUGUCCGUGAUGUUUGCUACAAAUACUUGUACGACCGCUGUCCAGCUGUCGCUGCCGUUGGACCCACUGAAGGUCUCCCAGACUACACACGACUCCGCGCUGGAAUGUACUGGCUUAGGGCUUAAAUAAUUUAAUAGUAUACUUUUAGAAACAAUAUUUAAAUCAAUUAAGAUCGAACAUUAAACAACUCAACCAAUUUCUGUAGUUUUAUUGAUAUAAAACACAAUGUUUUUGGUGUUUCAUGGAUGUGUAUUUAUUCAAGUG